CUUUCCUCAACCACUCUCUCCCUCUCUCCCUCCCCCCACCUCUAUCUCUCUUUAUCUCUCAGUCCAUCUCUCCCUCCCUCCCUCCCUCCCUCCCACACUCUAUCUCUCUGGCCCCACAUGUUGUUCCAGCAGCAGUAGCAGCACCAGUAGCUAAGCUGGUUCAAAGCACAUUGUCCAGAGCCUACUUGAGACUAGUGUUGCUUGUUGUGAACCAGCGUGGUUCAAGAGAGGCUCACAGUAACCACUAGCAACUACUGAGUCAGUACAGGCUGAGUGGGUGGUGUUGUUCUCAGCUGCCGUGUCGCCUGGACGAGGAGCAGAGCAUAAAACAUUUUAAGAGGACUCUUACUUUGAAAAUCCUCCAGCAGCGAUGAUUGAGCUGGGCCCCUCGGACGGCAGCCAGAUUGACGAGCUGAUGGAGCUGACCGCCCAGAGCCUAAGCCAGCUGGAGAUCAAGGAGCACUUCAAUGUCAUCAAGGAGAUCGGCCGCGGGAAGUACGGCCGAGUGCUGCUGGUCACCCACCGUUGCAGAGGCACUCCCAUGGCCCUCAAGGUGAUGCCCAAGUCCUCCACCAAGCUGCAGGGGUUCCUGCGCGAGUACUGCAUCUCCCUGCACCUGUCCCGCCACCCCUGCAUCGUGGGGCUCUUCGGCAUCGCCUUCCAGUCCGCCGACCACUACGGCUUCGCCCAGGAGCUGGUCAUCGGCCGAGACCUGUUCGCUGUCAUCAAGCCAAAGGUGGGCAUCCCCGAGGCCUCGGUGAAGCGCUGCGUGGUGCAGGUGGCCAGCGCCCUGGAGUUCAUCCACAGCCACGGCCUGGUGCACCGCGACGUCAAGCCCGAGAACAUCCUGCUGCUGGACUCCAGCUGCAGCCGGGUCAAGCUGGCCGACUUCGGCCUGGCCCAGAAGAGAGGCACCCUGAUACGCUACAUCACGGGCACCCUGCCCUACAUGUCCCCGGAGCUGUGCUCCCGGGUCCUACCGGAGGGCCAGGGGGAGGAGGACGAGGCCACGGCCCCCCCGCUCAGCGUGGAGCCCAGCCUGGACACCUGGGCGUUCGGGGUGCUCAUCUUCUGCAUACUCACCGGCUACUUCCCCUGGGAACGCUGCACGGACACCGACGAAUUCUACCAGGACUUCGCCGACUGGUGCCACGUAAAGGAGGAGGAGCGGAAAAAGGAGAAUGAUGGGGAGAAGGUUCGGCAGGAGGGUGGGGAGGAGGAAGAGGGCGAGGAGCUCAAUGCCCUGGAGUAUGAGGGAGAGGAGGUGGAGGAGGAGCAGGUACCACCGCUGUGGAGAAAGUUCACCCCGGAGGCCAUGGAGAUGUUCGGGAAGCUGAUGACCCCCGAGGCGGGGAGCAGGUUCACCGUGGGGGAGGUGAGGGCGUACGUGGAAAAGGACUGGCUCAAGGAACAACCACAGGCCCCGGAGAAGGACAAGGUCAACCCCAAUGCCAGCGCCAACUCCAACGAGGCCAGGGUGAUAGAGGACAGGGAGAAACCCAACAAGACUUAACGCCGCACAUCAGGGGCUGGGACUUUAGAAUCGAAGCGGUGAUUGACUGAACCAAGUAUGUGUAACCAUGCGAGGACUCUGUCUUGGUAUGUUGGUGCAAGCCGGAGAUACAGGGAACUGGAACUUGUGGUCGACACAUGGUCGGGGUAUGCCUGGUGUGAUCCAGCCUGGAUUCUGGUACCGUGGAGUUAAAUUAGAUUUAAGUUGUCGUUGUUUUGCAUUGCUGCUAGAUCGUAUGACGAGAGGACUGAAUGUAAACAGCAACAGGAAUUUGAGUUGCACAGUCGGUGGGCGAUCAUAUUAGGAGAACUGCUACGGAUGGGAGGCAUUUGUUAGGCCACAUGUAUCAGCUUUUCGUGAGCUAAACUGUGCUUCGAUCAGUGUGAGCCCAUAAUAUUUCUACAUUGAAACGAAAAGGCAG